GUAACUUUGACAGAUAGUGAUUUUUACGAUUACAAAGUAUAACGGUUCGCAUCUUAGCGAAUAAAUUUAGAAUUUGUCAAGAAAAAAUAUUCAAUUUCUACAACUUUGGAAUGAGAUCGGAGUAGUAUAUACCUUUCAUUUCGCUAAGUUAUAUUAAAUUAAUCAUAAGACAUGGAAACUUUAUUGAUGAACAUAAAGAUUAGCUGACAGGAAUAUAUUAUUUUUGUUGUCUUGGAAGUCACCCCACCCACAACUAAGAAUGGUUCACAAGUACCAAUCCCCUGUGAGGGUUUACAAACACCCCUUUGAAAUCGUUAUGGCGGCAUAUGAAAAGAGGUUUCCGACAUGUAAAAUGAUCCCGGUAUUUCUGGGUAGUGAUAUCGUAUAGAAAAAUAUAAGAGUGAAGAUGGUUGCUAUACAUGAUGUAGAGAGACGAUGUAGGUUAAAUGUUGACGCUCCCUAUCUGUUGAAGAAGAUUGUUGGUGUUGAUCAUGUGAUAUUUAUACAAAAGAAUUGUCUCGAUAGACGAAACAGAACACUUAAAAUAUAUGCACGGAAUGAAAGCUUCUCAUCUCGUAUUGUUAUCAACGAAACCUGUACAUAUUCUGUGCAUGAGGAGAAUCCAGACUGGACAUGUUUUGAGCAGGAGGCUAGUCUAGAUAUUAAGUCUUUCUUUGGGUUUGAGAAUACAGUGGAGAAGAUUGCUAUGAAGCAAUACACACAUAACAUCAAAAAGGGGAAAGAAGUCAUAGAGUAUUAUAUAAAUGAGUUAAUAAAGGAAGGAGUGACUGAUCUACCACGUUGGAGGAGCUUGUUACCGUCCAGCCAGGCCCAGUCAGACCAGCAGUCUUCCCAGGAUAGUGGUGUGAGGUCAAGGUCAAACAGUGUAGUCAGCAAUACUAGUCAAAACAGUCAUAGUAGUCAGAGUAGCCUGAUAUUAGGUGCAACGGCCGCGUCCAUAACCACACCUGUAGAAGCAGAGCCAGUACAAUGUCAUGUUUUAGCAGAGACUUCGGGUAAACUUGACGCAGAUUAUAUAGAGAGAUUCCUCGGUCACCUGACACCUGUUGAAGAAUCUCAACUUGUACAACUCAGACAAAUUAUACAGAAAACUCACAAAGGAAAGAUACCUAAAGAUGCACACAUACUUCGUUUUCUACGUGCACGAGAUUUUAAUAUGGAGAAAGCACGGGAGAUGCUGGCUCAUUCCCUGGCUUGGCGUAAACUUCAUAAUAUUGAUCAUCUUCUACACACAUACAAACCUCCAGAUGUGUUAGAGAAAUAUUAUACAGGAGGCUGGCAUUAUUCUGAUAAAGAUGAUAGACCAUUGUAUGUACUCAGACUUGGGCUAAUGGAUGUUAAAGGCUUAAUGAAGUCAGUUGGGGAAGAAAAUUUGCUCAAACAUGUAUUAUGGGUAAAUGAAGAAGGUUUACAGAGAGCUAGUGAAGCAACAAAACAGAAAGGACAUCCUGUCAGUGCUUGUACCUGUAUAGUAGAUCUGGAGGGUUUAAGCAUGAGACAUUUAUGGAGACCUGGUAUCCGAGCAUUGCUGCGUAUCAUCGAAACCGUUGAGGCUAACUACCCUGAAACCAUGGGUCGAUUAUUGAUUGUCCGAGCACCUCGGGUAUUCCCGGUCUUGUGGACACUCAUUAGUCCAUUUAUUGAUGAGAAUACAAGUAAAAAGUUCAUGAUAUAUGGUGGAAAUGAUUAUCAAGGCCCUGGUGGUCUGGUGGACUUCAUAGACAAGAAAUAUAUUCCUGAUUUUCUUGGCGGAGAAUGCUACUGUGAUGUACCGGAGGGUGCUCUAGUACCUAAAUCUCUUUAUAAAGAAGAAUAUAUGGACAGAUCUCCUGAUGAACAACCUCUAAAUGUUGCCAACAGUCUUUAUCAGACAGCCCAUAUUAUAAAAGAUUAUCCUCACGAGGUAUUAAUUCAAGUUCCGCAGCGAGGCUGUGUAGUGACAUGGGAUUUUGACAUAUUGAAGGGAGAUGUGUCGUUUACCGUGUUACGAACAAAGCACACGUUGAGUAAAGAAGAACAUCAUAUUCAUCAUAUCAGUGGAUUACCUGUCAGUACUCAAAUCAUUGAUAAAAACAUGCAGGUUGGGAGAGAUAUGAGUAUAGUCGAACCACCUCAUAUAUGUAGGGACGGAGAUAGUGUUCAGGGGUCACAUGUAGCUAGUGAAUCAGGCACGUAUAUUCUACAAUGGAAAUAUUUUGACUCUACAAAAGCUUCCUUUGAAUUCUCCUUGACAACACACAAGUCAAAGGUCAUGUAUCACACAGAACUUCUACAGUCAGCAACUUUUAGAGGAUCCAUGGCAAGUCUACAGUCAAGUGCCAGUGGGUUUUCUUCUCUCAGUAUUGGGACAAAUCAGAGUUUACCGAUGGCAAGAAAACAUUGAUACAAGAUUGUAUCUUUGUGAUAGGGGAUGAAACUAACAGUAUACAAUGCAUAUCUUAGUCAAUUUAUAUAUACGGGGAACAUGUUUGUUACUAUUUAUUGUGGUGUGUAUAGGUGAAAAUGUAUGUGGAUUUAUGUCUGACUUUUGUUUGAAGAAUGUCCUAUUUGGUACAUAUUUAUGAUUGUCUUUUAUUUCAUUCUUUUAUUAAUAUAUCCUGUGCCAAUUAUCAUCCUGCAUGAAGUCCAGAAACACUUUUGAAAAACUAAUGAAAUACUGUUAAAAGCUAAUUCCAUACUCAUAAGUGUAAAUUUAUCUCCAUUGCUAAGUUUUUUAUCAUAAAUUCUUUAGCAUUGCCAUUAAUGAAAGUUGGUUUGAACCCAAGACUUUCCAAGUCCUGAUCUGUGUGUAAAUAUGGCCUGAAUAUCUUAUGACCUAAAAUUUAUUGCACAUAAGUUUGUCAGUUUUUUUUUUGUUUUGUUUUUUAUUAAAUGAUAAAUACAGGCUAUACUUGGCACUAAUCUUACUCAAUAAAUAGAGAGCAACUUAUCAUAGGGUUGUGAUGACUCAUCAAUAUACUCAGGUAUAAAAUAUGACAUGUCCCUCAAGUACAUUUUGUAUUAUACACACAGAGUUGAAGGUUUGAUUGAAGACAUUUUUUAUGCUCCUCUGGUCAAACUUUUAUGGUGCAUAUAGUUGCUGGUUUUUCUUUCUUCAAUUCUUCUGUCCCACACAAUAUUUUUCAAAGCACCUUCAAUUAUUGACUGAUAUUUAGUGUGUUCUUACCUACUAUAGAUCUCAAUCCUUAGAAAGGGUGUUGGAUCAAUGGGGUCAAGGUUAAUAGUUUUAUUGAAGCUAAAAAUGGAUUCGCCUAAUUUUCAACAUAAAGUAAGGCCAUGUCAUGAAAACAACUAUGUGUCCAUGGUAGUUAUAAACAAUAUUCUUGUAGAUUAGCUAACCAUCAGCCUUAACUUUUGAAUAAUACAAUUUUAAAAAGAAAAGUCUGGUUAUUUUCCUUAAUGUUCAAACAUUAAACAGAUUUAUAUUGAACAUGGUUAAGAAUUAAGCCUCUAUC